AUGAAUAACAACAUAAACAGAGAAGAUGUUACUGCUCCAGGGAAAUCGGAAGCCCAGAAGCCGGCGGUUGGGGGACGGUGCUCGCCCCAGGUGUCGUCAUCACCCGCAAGCACCCAAAGUGUAGAAGUUCUGAGGCAGGCUUCUACCGCCAGCAACGGAGCUGGUAAAACAACUGCCGGAGAGGGUGCGAAACAGGCCCUCUCCAGUGGCCGAAAAGCCACUGAGGAGACUGCAGGUACCUCACUACGGGCAGAAGCCGAGGCAAAGUACGCCAAACUUCUGGAGUCCUUGCUGACGUGUAUGGAAACACUAGAAGCAGCUGUCCAAGCGGCCUCCAACACAAAGCUAGAUAUAAAAACGGCGACAAGAUCAAUGGGUGCAACCAUCAGAGAAUUCACUGGAAUUGCUAAAACACUGGGCAUGGUCAGGAACCCGGACGCUGUAGAAAAUCGCAUAAGGCUACUACAGCAUCAACAGUUGCAGCAACACGCGCAGACGAUCAAGUUACUGAAAGAAAUUCGCGAGGAACAGACGUCACAGUUGAUUAACGUCGCGCAGGCUCCAACUUACAGCGAUACCCCGCUUAAACAGCUGGAGGCAGUCAGCUUUCAACUGGCGGAGCAAGGCAAGAAGAUAGACUUGGAGUACAGCCAGACCCUACAACUGAGAGAGCAGGUAAACGCGUUCAUGCAAGGCCAGCAGCAGGACCCCCAGCAGUUACAACACAAGCGUAAUGCUUGUCCUAGUGCACCAACUCCACAACAUACAGAGGUUGCUGAGUCGCCAGCCGACGAGCCAGCUUCUGCCUGGACAACUGUUGUAAAGGGAAAGCCAAAGAAGCCCAAAGCGACAACACCUGUGCCGCAGAGAACAAGGGCACGCCCAACAGCGAUUAUGGUGAAUAUUGAGAACCAGAACGAUUUCCCAGCAUUGGCAAAGAGGGUCAAGAACGGGGUUAACGGCGAUACUGUAGGCGAUGCGAUAACUGGUAUGAGGAAAACCAAAGGCGGAGCCCUACUACUAGAAAUACGUGGCGACCAGACAGUAGUCGACUCAGUGAAGGCUGAAAUAACCAAAGCAGCUGGCGACGCUGCUUGCGUCAGCUUGCUGCAGCAGAAAACUCUGGUGGAAAUCCGGGACAUAGACCCUUGGUCCGAUAAAGAUGAAAUAUCCGACUCUAUCUCCCACAAUACAGGCAUCCCAAGAGAUAUGGUAAAGGUUGUGGGACUGAGGUCAGUGUACGGCAGAUCCCAGACUGCUCUGGUACUCCUGCCGUUCCAUCAAGCGAAUGGGCUGAUUGCCAAAGAACGCGUGCGGAUCGGCCUUGUCAGCUGUCGUCUAAAAAUCGCCGGAAAGAGAAGGCCUAGGUGUUUUAGAUGCCUGGUCUUCGGCCACGAAGCUGGACAGUGUGGUGACGGUCCGGACAGGCGGGAAUGCUGCAGAAGAUGUGGAAAGGCAGGGCAUAAAGCAGCAGACUGCCAAGCGACUAUCGAGGAGUCGAAAAUUUUCCAGAAAAAGCUUGAUGUAGAGUCGAAGAGGACGCAGAGCGUGACUACGCUAGUGCGCACCGCUAACGAAGGAUGA